GGGUUAAUUUGCGAUAUGUAUAUAGUUGAUUUGUAAAUAUUAACACACUUAUUAUCUACGGUUUUAAAGAAAGCAUAACUUGAUUGCAAUGAUUAUUACUUUUGUUUUGGCUUACUUGGAAUUAGCGUAUGCAGUUCGCGUGGUUAAGUUCGGUUUAUCAGAUGGCAAUGUACCAGAGAAAGGCAAAGACAUAUCAAUGUUAUGUGAGGUUGAGAUUUCAGUAGAUGAUGGAAUUCAGGCAUUAAACAUAUUGAAAGAAGACACAAAAAUUGCCGACUGUUUUUUUAAUGCAGGAAAUAUACCAUGUAGUAAGGCACAUGGUGUUUCAACAAGAUACACAUUUACAAACAAUCAACCAUCUGUGAAUAUCUCAAUAACAAAUUUACAAAUAUCAGAUGGUGGAAACUGGUACUGUGGUUUUCAAACGACAAGCCAUACACUGACUUUGAUGAUCUAUUCGUCUCCGGAUAGUGUUGUAUUGAGUGGAUCACAUAGACCCGAGGAUCUAUCUAUAAAAGGAGUAGAUUUUACCUGCCAAACCUCCAACUGUAUUUAUCCAGCGCCGUUAAACUACCAGUGGUUUUACAAAAGUGGUGAUACAUGGAUAUUGUAUCAAAAUUCUUCUCCUACACAUUCAGACACAACAUGUAGUGGCAAUGAAAAGGUGUAUCAUUCCACGCUAAGUUUUGCAAGAAACACCGUGUGGCCAUUACAUCCAGUUAAUGCAGAUAUCACAGUAAAGUUUCAGUGUAGACUGGAUUUUCCAACCCUGACGUCAUCAUUACAAUCUACUGAUUCCAAUAAUGUGCGAUAUGCAGUACAAGUAACGUCAGUUACUCUCAAUGAUGGAAACAAAACUCUUUUAAGUUCUGAAACAAUUGUAAUGAUAAAUGGAUCAAGUAAAACAUUUACAUGUGCAACUGGCACUAGUAGACCUGUGUCAACAAUUGUCUGGUAUGUUGGAUCAACUUCUGUACAACGCAGCACAAGCACAGCAUUUACAUACACUGCAGGACUUGAGGACAAUAACACAACUCUGCGUUGUAAAGCAUUCAACAUUCAGGAUGAAGCAAAUGCUGUAUCAUCCACUACUCCAAGUUUCCGGAUUUUAGAACGAACAAUAGUUAAAUCGUUCUUCAUAGGACAGAAUGAAAGCCAAACAAAUGCUAUAUUUGACGAACAUGAAGUUGAUAUUCAAUUCACAUGUGUCGUAAGUGGAAUUCCUGCCUCAGAGGUUUAUAUAAUUUUCAGAGACGAAAUUAUUGCAAAGCAGUCUAAUACAAAUAAAUUAAUUUACAACCUUCAAGAUAUUGGUUGCACUAAAAGUGGUAUUUAUGUCUGCAAGGGAAUCGAUGCUUUUGGUACUUCAACAAAUAAGACAUCUUCUGUAUAUAUAGAAUGUUCUCCGCGACCAUUACGACAGGUUUUUCACAAUGUGACAAGCAGUCUUGGAGUACCAGUAAGGCUCUCAUUCAUAGCUAUCGCCUAUCCCGAACCUGGUCCUAAAGGAUUUUUAUGGUCAAAGGAAGACAGGCAUAAUUGGGUUUCUUUAUUGAGUAACGAAGAUUUUCAAAUUUCAUCAUCUGGAUUGGAGACAAAUUUAACAAUCUUGAAUGUAUCUCAGGAACAUUACGGGAAAUAUCGUGUAACUACUGUGAACAGAAUCGGUUCAUAUGACCAGAUAAUGUUUUUAUCAGAGACAUCAGAGACAGAUCACAAACCUGACAUCUGCAAAAGUUGUACAGAGACAAGAACGUUCACAGCGUCAAUAAUACUCGGGGUAGUAUGUGUCGUUUUGGUUGGAUAUGCAACAGGUCUAACCAUAUUGUACAGACGAAAUAUAUCUAAGAAAGGUGCAGCCGCUAUCAUACAUGGAUCUAACUCUAAAACUGGGAAUGACAACACGAGGAAUACUACCAAUAUUAGCGAAGUGGAACACUUUGAAAGUAAUGCAGCAGAAAUUGACGAGGAAUCUUCUAAACAAUAUACAGAGCUUACACCAUAUUCAAACGAAGGGGCAGCGUAUGAACAAUUACAAACUUAAAUUAGACUUAAAACAUUUGCUUCGUUUUCUUUUUCAGACGCUGCGGUUUUAUCUAAAUUUGAUGCUGUUUUCAAGAUUAAUUAAAUAUCCUUAUUUAUAGUGUACAUAAAAGUCGUUAUGACUUGUGUUUUUGCAGAUAUUGCUUUAAGCAUUUGAAAUUGAUAACGUAUAUGUGUUCAUUAUUAUUAUUAUGUAAAAAACUUAAAUAAUAAAUCUUUCUUACUCUU